UAGGAUGGAAAAAAAAAGAGUGGAAUAUAAAUAGGACUCUCAAAUUCUGCUUAGGGUUUUGUUGUUUUUGUCUCUCUCGCUCCCACUCCAAGUUUCCGCCGCAGAGACAGCCAUGGCUACUACCAUUUCUCCUUCCGAUCAAGCUGCAGAUUUGCUGCACAAUCUCUCCCUUGAUCCGGAAACCAUGGCCAAAGUCCCUGACACUGGGAAUAAGGAUGUUUAUGGCGGAACCAAGAGUGGCAAGACUAAUCUUUUACCCACAAAUGUUAGAGCUGUGACUGGAUUGAACCAAAAGAAACUUGCUUUCAAUCAAAAGGGCUCCUAUGGUACCUACCCUACUGGCUAUUAUACUCCACCCUAUCAGUACCCGAGAUACGGUUAUGACAUGAACUAUGCUUCCGGAAAGACCAACACCACUCUUCAGUAUCCCCACCUGAGUACAUAUCAGGGACGAUCAGGAAGCUAUGGUCAGUCCUUCGGAUACAACAUGGACAGCAUGUACUCAAUGUAUGGGCCUUACAUGAAUGGCUAUGGAUAUGAUUCUUAUGGUUACGGCACUUACAAGCAAACUCCAAGUUGGUACAAGACAAUGGCUUACGGGUUUUCUGGGUAUGGCAAAGAGAACUUUGCUGGGUUAGACGAGCUGAAUAGAGGGCCAAGAGCCAAGGGCUUCAAGAUUGGCCAAGAAAGUUCCCAGCCAGAAACUCUGAAAGAGCAGGAAAUAGGGAAGAAGACGAGUGAAGAUGUUUCUCUUCCAGAUUCCAAGGACUACAACAAGGAAGAUUUCUCUGAAACCUACUCUAAUGCGAAACUGUUUGUAAUCAAAUCAUACAGUGAAGAUGAUAUUCACAAAAGCAUCAAAUACAAUGUGUGGUCCAGCACCCCCAAUGGCAACAAGAAGCUUGAUGCUGCGUAUAAUGAGGCUAAAGAGAAGUCAAAUGGGUCCUGUCCUGUUUUUCUAAUGUUCUCUGUAAACACAAGUGGGCAAUUUGUUGGUUUAGCUGAGAUGGUAGGACCAGUAGAUUUUAAUCAGACAGUGGAGUACUGGCAGCAGGACAAGUGGAUUGGUUGCUUCCCUGUUAAGUGGCACAUUGUCAAAGACAUCCCAAAUAGUUCCUUGAGGCAUAUAACUCUGGAGAACAACGAGAACAAGCCAGUUACAAAUAGCCGAGACACACAGGAGGUAACCCUAGAGCAAGGCAUGAAAGUCAUCAAGAUUUUCAAGGAACAUGCAAGCAAGGCAUGCAUACUGGAUGAUUUUGCAUUCUAUGAGAGUCGUGAAAAGAUAAUCAAAGAAGGCAAAAAGAAGCAGCAGCAAUAUAAAAUAAAGCAAGCUUUAGCUGCCAUUGACAAAAAGGCCAUUCCCAAAGACGAAACCAAAGAGACAAGAAGUACAGCGCCACAAGUUGCCAGCGAGAUAUCACAAAACGAUGUUGCUGAAGUAGCUAGCGCUUGCUGAAUGCAGCAGUAACUUUCAGCUUACUUACGUUUGGGCGGGUUUUUUUGUCAGUUUUCGCUACCAAAUUUGCUCAAUCUUUCUUAGUGUAUAAGUUUGCGCCAGUUUUUUCUUUUUUGUUUGUUCUUAAGAGAGACAAUACGAGUAAGACCCUUAGCAAUAUCGGUUUAAUGUUGUUGGUUUUGGUGCUAGUAGAAGAUAUAAGUUUCUUGUUUUUUUUUCCAA